AUGGCUGGACAGAUCGCCGCACCUGUCGACAGUCAACCAUCAUCGGAGAAGAAGCUCGCAUUGGAAGAUGGUGUUGCUGGUGACUUGGUGUCGAUACCAAGCAUUGGCGAAAAUUAUGCAGUCACUGAACUCGAUGACGAACGCUUUAACCUUUGGAGUGUGCUUGGUGUCCAGUAUACCACAAGUGCCACCCCAUUAUCGAUAUGCGGAUUUAUGCAGUUCACUCUGGCUGUAGGCGGAAGUCCUUUCUUCUUCUGGGGUUUCCUGGUUGUGGUUGUGUUGCAAGGACUGCUUGUUCUCAGUUUCGCAGAGCUGGGCUCGUCUUUCCCACACGUCGCAGGUCAAACCUAUUGGACCUCCGUACUUGCCCCGCCCAAAUACAAGAAAUUUCUCGCCUACUUCAACGGUAUCAUGACCAUAUGGGCUUGGAUUUUUGGUCUCACGGGUGGCUACCUCUUGAGUUCACAAUUUGUGGUUGCCGGAGCCUCGAUCCUUAGCCCGUCGUAUACCAUUCAGCACUGGCACUUGUACUUGCUAGCGAUAUGCAUGGCGCUCGUCAGCGUUAUUCUCAACACUGCCCUGAUCAAGAUAUACCCACUUCUCAACAAAUUUGCCCUGUUCUGGAUCAAUGGAAGGCUCAUCUACAUGCUCGUAGUUUUGCUUGUCAAAACACAACCUAAAGCAUCAGGGUCGAGUGUUUUCGUUGAUGUUGUCAACCGUACCGGAUGGAGUUCAAAUGGGCUCGUGUUUCUGAUGGGCCUUUUUCCCGGUCAAGCAGCCCUUGCGUUGCCAGACGCCGUGACCCACAUGUCAGAAGAAGUGCCAAACCCACAGAGACGCAUUCCGCAGGUCAUGUUUGGCUCAUUCCUCCUGUCCAGUAUUGGUGGUAUAAUCACCAUUGUGGUCGUUAUGUUUUGCAUCAUCAACCACGACAAUCUUCUGCAGCCAUUGGGUGGUCAGCCAAUUUUACAGAUAUGCUGGGACGCCUGGAACAACGAAGCCUGGGUCAUCACUGUGGACAUUAUCUUCAUCGCGACAUUUAUGCAGGCUUCCAUCUCUACUGUCACCUCCAUUAGCCGGAUUGUAUGGUCGUUCGCGAAGUCAGGCGGUCUUCCAUUCGUUGCCUGGGUUACCCAUGUAAAUCCUAAGAUGCAGCUUCCAGUGAAUGCGAUCCUGCUCCGUGCAGGCAUUGGCAUCACAUUGGACACACUGCAAUUCGCGCCUUCAUACGUCCUCAACGCUCUAUAUGGUUCGGGAGUGAUCUGCGUGCUGUUUUCCUAUGGAAUACCUCUCACCCUUCUAUUGGCGCGCGGACGACAAAGUUUGCCACGGAAUCGCUAUUUCAGCCUUGGAAAGCUCGGACCUUUGGUUAAUAUCAUGACGCUAGUCUGGCUUUUGUUGUCUGCUAUUGUGUUCUGCAUUCCUCUUAGUUAUCCUGUCACCGACGAUGCGAUGAACUGGGCUCCCGUUGUGGGAGCAGCUACUAUCGUAAUCUCCCUUAUCAACUGGCUGGUUGUGAGAAACACGUAUGAACUUCCUAAAGCUUUCUUAUUUCAUCGUGGACAUGGUCUUCAUAACGAAGGUUCAUAA